AUGGACAGCUCACCCCCGUCCGAGGGUCGCGGCGCGACCGACGAGAAACAGAAAUCCACCGCUCAAAGUCGGGUGCGCCGACGAAAUCGCAUGAUCACGUCGUGUCUUGAAUGUCGCCGAAGAAAACUCAAGUGUGAUAAGCUGCAUCCAUGUACUAAUUGCAGCAAGUUCUCGCGCGAUUGUCUCUUCCUAGCCCCGGCUCUGGAUUCGGUCUCGCAACAGCGCCUCAAUGAGAUCAAGGAAAAGAUGGGAUCUCUAGAACGAGUGCUCGAGCAGGACGUAGCACGCAAGGAAGGAAGGACCGCCACAGCCUCGCCUCAAAGAUCCAUGCGCAGAACCUCAGCCGAUCUUCCUGGAGGCGAGGACAGCAGCUCUGACAAUGAAGCUGCCGUCCCCGAAGACGAAAAGGGGCUUGAACCGACACCUUUGGCAGUCAUCGAUGCUUCUUACGAGGACGAUGCAAAUGAUGAUGUCCUAGACCUGGGGAUCAGAAUAGGGAAAAUGCGGUUAACGGAGCGCCUGGGCGGCUUCUUCCGACCUAGACUCCAUGAAGAGAUGGACAUUACACUCUCAGAGCCCACCAAUGAUCGUCGCACACCCGACGAGAAGCGCUCAGCCAUGCCUCAACUCCCGGAUCACAACAGUGACUUCCUAGCCCCUGGACCUUCUUACAUUGCCCCGGGAUCUGGGUUUUUGUUUGGAGAUGUCGGCAGUAAGAGAUCCCUCAUCAAUUUCUUGCCGGCAAAAGCCGCGGCCGAUAUUUUGGUGCGCAACUAUUUUGAGAACGUUCACUUCAUUGCUCGUGUAGUCCACUGGCCAAGCUUCCAGCUGCAUUAUGACAAUUUCUGGACUGCGGUCCUUGCUGGCCUCGAACCUCCAGCGUGGCAACAAUCCAUCGUCCUCUCGGUCCUGUUCUCGGCCGUGGCAAGCAUGCCAGAGUCAGAGGUCACGGCUAUUUUCGCCAGGCCCAAGAGCACUAUACUCGGUAAUUUUCAGACGGGCACUGAGGUGGCCCUGAGUAAAGCACAAAUCCUGAGGGCGACAAAAAUCGAAACAUUACAGGCUCUCGUGGUCUACCUGAUCCCCAUGUGCCGAGACCAGCUCUCCCGCGCUCACUCGGUGAUAGUUGGCAUGGCGGUUCGGCUUGCUGAAUGCAUGGGACUACACCGCGAUCCGGAGACUGUCUACGGCCUGUCCCCGGUGGAGUGUCAUGUUCGCCGCAUUGUAUGGUUUCAACUUUGCUUCCUGGAUUUCCGCACGUGCGAGUCCCAAGGCCCGCGGCCGGGCGUUACGCGAGAGGCUUAUGACACGAAACUUCCCCUCAACAUCAAUGAUGCCGAUCUCCUCUUAGCGAAGCCUCAGGAGGUGAAGGACAAGUGGACAGAUAUGACCAUGUCACGGAUACACUUUGAAUGCACAGAAAUGCAACGAGUCAUAUGGUACGAUCGCAUACGCAUCGAGAAGAAAAGGGCGUCAUUGACCCAUGUCCUGAGCAAAGUGGAAUCUUUCCGCAAGGCUAUGGAGGCCAAAUACAACCCGAUCUUGAACACUGAAGUGCCCAUACAAAAAUACGCUCAAUUGCUGAUGAACCUCAUGGUCCAGCGCAUGUAUGUCAUGAUAUUGCAUCGGUAUUUGAACAAUACAAGCAACAAAGUGCCUGAGAGGCUCGCGAAUCUUACCAUUCAAAGCGGUCUGCUCGCCAUGGAGAAUGCGGUUGCAAUGGAACGAAUCCCAGAACUCAGGAAAUGGAAGUGGUAUAACGGGGCCUAUCAGCAAUGGCACAUCGCCUUUUUGCUGUUGUCAGUCAUAUAUCAACAGCCGACACUUCGGGACGCUGAACGAAUAUGGAACGUGAUUGACUUUGUUUUCGAGCCAGAGCUCUCUCUGUCACGCACUCAACGAGCCAGGGCAAUUAUUGCAGCAGUCCGGGAUCGAACGGCUGUGUAUCGAGACCUACGCAGGAUACGGAUUCCCGUUAGUAUGAAGGACGGCCUGGACAAACACCGUAAGAGCUCCGAACCAUCGAUGAAGGACAAGGGCCAAGUCGACACAUCCAACUCGUUGCACCCCUCAGCGGUCACAUCCACGCCACUACAGAAUGUGGGUGGAGGAGACCCGAGGUUUUCGGCCGACCAGUCAUGGAGUUUUGAUACACCGGCAACGAUGUAUGUUGACGCGAAAUACCUGCCACCUGCAGAUAUUGGCCAUCUCACGCAGUUCGUAUCUUCACAGUUUUCACCACCGGCUUCUGCAAGACAACAGUCGCCGCUGCUAUCACAAUCACAAUCAAAGUCACAACCACAGCCGCAACAAACACCACCCCGGACCGACGCAAAUCAAGCUUCGCCAGGUCAGCAGAUUGACUUUAACAGCCCUAGCGACUCCGGCACAAAUGAUUCUUGGCCGCCACUGAUCACGACAGAUCAAGUCAGCUGGCGAACAGUCUUGGGACCAGGUCCACAGACUUCGCCGCCUCCUCAAGCCAUCCAGUCACUCCCUGGAGUCGUCCCCAGGCAGCCUUCAUCCGGAGGUGGCAGUCCCUUUGGGAUCAAUUCGGGCUUCCCAAGCGAUCAGAUCAACAUCCCGCAAUUUCAGAACAGCAACCGGAAUGAUUCUGUCAUGCUAGACAUUGACUGGGCCGAAUGGGAUCAACUCUUCCCGCCGGAUAGCAAUCCUGGCGUUCUUGGGCCGUCCCAUCACUUUGGUAUGGGAAUGCACUCGUAGACGUGGAUCGGGGCGAAGGGUCUCCGGCACUUAGUUUGUUUAUAUGCGUGUAUGCGUGCACAUAUACACCGACCAGGAAAAAGGUAUGGUCGUAUCUAUCCUCAAAGAGGAACAUUGUCCCGGCUGCUGGUUGGCUGAGUGAGAUAUGGGCACUGGAUGAAUAAGCAUCCGCUAGCUCCAGACAAGCUUUUAGGGCGCAUGAUGUCACUGGCCCACGCCCGGAAUUCCCGGCUA